GUUCAUGGUUCAAAUCUGUCAUUGAUAUCCUCAGCAUCAUCUGUCCACAGCUCGGCUGAAGAACGAUAUUCACAUGAGAUCCGAAAGUUACGACGUGAACUUGAUGGUGCUCAAGAUAAAGUGUUGACUCUUAGUAAUCAGCUGAACACCAAUUCACAUGUGGUAGCAGCGUUUGAGCAGUCGUUGUCUAAUAUGACAGCACGUCUACAAGCCUUAACAUUUACUGCUGAACAGAAGGACUCUGAAUUAAAUGAACUGAGAUAUACAAUAGAAGCAUUAAAAAGACAGAGUGGAAUAUCUGUAGAGGAGGUGAUCAGUCCUAACCCCAGCAGACGUCACACUUCACCUGUAUCAGAAAGUGGUAUUAUUCGUCAGAUGUCCUCAGACAGUAUGUCGAGUAUAAAUAGUCUAUCUAGUGCCUGUAGCGCCACCUCUCAACAUUCAGGGGCAGCAACUGAUGAUGGAAAGGGCAAGAAAAAGAAAGGAUGGCUACGCAGUUCAUUCAGUAAAGCCUUCAACCGAAAGAAAAAUAAAAAUGGAUCGAUGUCCGAUGUGGAGCCAGAUACACAGAGUUUACGCUCCAAUAUCUCUGCUCCGAACUCACCAUUAUUACUGAUGCAUGCUGGUCCUGGUGGACCUCUUAAAGGAUCUCAUUCUUCUGGGGCGUUAUGUGAGACAGAAGAUGGAGUCAAUGUUGUUGAUUUAAAACAACAGUUAAGAGAAAAAGAUAUGAAAUUAACGGACAUUCGAUUGGAGGCCUUGUCGUCUGCUCAUCAAUUAGAACAACUCCGUGAAACCAUGAACAAAAUGAAGUCUGAAAUGAGUGCAUUAAAAUGUGAUAAUGAAAGAUUGAAUAAAACUGGUAGCCUGAUGUCCCCACAACAUCAACGAACAUUACAUAUAUCACAAUCGUCUAUACCUGGUACACGCAGCAAUGACUCAUUAGAUAGGUCUAUCAGUCUCACUGAUCAUUCUAGUCUAGAUAUGUUACUAGCGGAGACGGCAGCCAAUGAUCGUGAGGGAAAAAGAGUCACGUUAGCCAUGUACCUAGGAUCCAAUCCUGAUCCUACUAAAGAGGGAAUUGAGAAACCAGCAGAAGUAUUAAUAGGGUAUUUAUCAGUCAGUGGUAAAACUAAGUGGGAUAUUUUAGAUAAUAAUGUCAAAAAAAUAUUCAAAGAAUAUGUAUUAAGAGUAGAUCCUGUCACAAAUCUUGGUCUCAGUUCAGAGAGUUUACAAUCCUACCAUGUAGGGGAGGUAACUAGAACUAAAGAUUCUGAAUUGCCUGAAUUAUUACCUAUAGGAUAUUUAGUUGGAGAAACCAUGCAAAUAGGAAUCUGCCUUAAAGGAACGAAGCAAAACACCGUUGAUUCUCUAGCGUUUGAAACAAUGAUACCCAAGUCUAUUAUUCAACGCUAUAUACAGCUAUUAUUAGAACAUCGUAGAAUUAUACUCUGUGGACCCAGUGGUACUGGAAAAUCUUAUCUAGCUCAAAAACUAGCCGAACAUUUAGUACUCAGAUCUGGUCGUGUAUUAACAGCAGGAUCAGUCGCCACAUUUAACGUAGAUCACAAAUCAUCGAAGGAGUUACGUUUAUAUUUAUCUAAUAUUGCUGAACAGUGUGAGAAUACGAUAGCCAAUGAGCUUCCUGGCGUGAUAAUCCUCGACAAUUUACAUCAUGUCAAUUCAUUGGCUGACGUGUUUAAUGGCUUCCUCAGUGUUAAAUAUCAGAAAUGUCCAUAUAUAAUUGGUACUAUGAAUCAACAGACCUGUAACGCUACUAAUUUACAGCUACAUCAUAACUUCAGAUGGGUAUUAUGUGCUAACCAUAUGGAACCAGUGAAAGGAUUUCUGGGAAGAUAUCUCCGCAGGAAGUUAGUGGAAGCGGAAGUCAGAACUGGUAUCCGUAACAACGAUUUAAACAAGAUCAUUGAUUGGAUACCAAAAGUCUGGACUCAUUUGAAUAAAUUCCUGGAAACUCACAGUUCAUCAGAUGUUACGAUUGGUCCACGAUUAUUUUUAUCGUGUCCAAUGGAUAUCGCAGGAUCUCAAGUCUGGUUUACAGAUUUAUGGAACUAUUCGUUGGUACCAUAUAUGCUGGAAGCUGUCAGAGAUGGACUUCAGGUCUAUGGUAAACGAUCACCGUUCGACGACCCCUCAGAAUGGGUGAUUGAAACGUACCCCUGGUGUAAGGAGGGUAUGAAUGACAGAGCUUUGUUAAAAAUGAGACCUGAAGAUGUGGGCUACGACACUCAAUCUACUCAUCCAUCUUCAACUUCCAUGAAUGCUAAUGGUACAGAAGCUGAUGGAGAUCCAUUGGUCAAUAUGCUAAUGAGAUUACAGGAAGCUGCAAAUUAUUCAAGUCCACAAAGUAACGAUAGUGAUUCUACAAGCCUUGACAGUCACAGUUCAAUUCAGGAAUUCUCGGGGUCCUCCGGUGUCGAAUCAACGUUAUAA